GUCAAAGGUCAGAGGUUGUGGAGCCGUCAUGGCGGCGCUGUGCCGGACCCGUGCCGUGACUGCCGACUGUCAUUUUCUGCGAGUGCUUCUCUUCUUUCGGCCCUGUCGAGACGCAGGCACUGAAAGUGGCUCCGGAAGCGAGAGUUCUGAUGCCACGGAGCCUAGGCCGCGCCUAGGCGGCUUCGCGAGCUCUUUGAAGCGGCACUCAGAGCUGCAGCGGAAGGCGGAGCUCGGGCGGAUGAGAGGCUCUCCAAAAGAUGUGGAAUCCUUCGCGUCUAUGCUGAGACAUUCUCCUCUUACACAGAUGGGACCUGCCAAGGAUAAACUAGUCAUUGGACGAAUCUUUCACAUUGUGGAGAAUGAUCUUUAUAUAGAUUUUGGUGGCAAGUUUCCUUGUGUAUGUAAAAGACCGGAAGUGGAUGGAGAGAAAUACCAGAAAGGAACCAGAGUCCGGCUGCGGCUAUUAGAUCUUGAACUUACAUCUAGGUUCUUGGGAGCGACAACAGAUACAACUAUCCUAGAGGCUGAAGCAAUUCUGUUAGGACUCCAGGAGGGUAAAGACUCAAAAUCAAAAGAAGAACGUCGUGAAAAAUAAAUGAACUUUGCUUAGCGUAUUCACUCCUUUUUUGUUGAACCCAGGUAUUCAUCACGAAUGCCAUUAGACAAUUAUGAAUAAAUGAUUGGAGAAGACAUAGUAAAUGCAAGCUAUAAUUAUAGCUCUUAUUUGUCAGAAUUUUCUUUAGGUGUAUCUCUCCUCCUGUUUUUAUACCCAUUCUUUCCUUUGAUUGGAAUAGUGUAAACUGUACUAAGAAACUCUGUCAUUCAAUAAAUAUGUUUAGAGUGCACU